CUGUUGCUGUCAGCGGGGAGUUACGGCGUGUAAAUAAGAUCGCAGAUUUCUUAUUUGCAGUCGAAAUAAAGCAGAUUUUUUUUCUUUUUUUGUUGUUGACGGAUUUCGUCGGUUUCAGUCGAUGCGGGGUCAGCUUUACGGACCGCGUGUGUGAGAUGAGUUUCGCAGUGCUUUGGGAUGCGCAGUGCGCUUUGCUGACUGGGACUGCUGCAGUGUAAACAAGACUGUCCGAGGCUGCAGCGCUGCUAUCUGCACAAUAAAACAUACUCACACAAUUCCGCUCAUAGCUGACUUCUAGGCUCAGAAAAGAAGAGCUGUAUUUUCACCGCGAAAAAUCAGGGAUCCUUUUUUCUUUUUUUUUUUUUCAAAAUGCGCAAGGAUUUUGGUUAAUUUUCUCCAGGGGAAGAAAAAAGAAAACUGGAGCUCUUUAAGGAUUUUCUCUCUUUUUAAAUGUAAUCAAACUAGACAUCGGUCACUCGGCACAUCUGCUACUUCUGGGGACACAUAAAAGGUUUAUCUCGUCGCCUGAUUAAACAGAUGGACUUUGGCUGCCGAGGACCCAACAACUCCUCCAGCCAAGAUGACUGACAACCAGGAAACCCAAGAUGCUGCUGCCGAGGACACGUCUCCGUCCGGGAGCGCGACCUUGCCGCUUCGUCAGCCGUGCGAGCGCCUCUCCUGCCACAAGAGCAGCGUGUGCUCCCGCUCCUACUUUGUGGUAGUGAUGGUGUUUUUUCAUGUUUACAUCAUUAACGUGAUCGCGCUGCUUUUCUACGUGCACUACAACAGUGGGCAGGAAGACGCGAGCCGAAGUCGUGAUGCUCCCAGCAGCAGCCACCAGCGCCCCGAGUCGCGACGUCCGCCAUCGAAAGACGAGUUUCAGCGCGAUAUUUCCCUGCCACGGAUAGAGGGAAUAAGGGUGGGACAUGUCCAGAAGGUGUCACUGGUGUCAGGGAGACUUCACGAGAUGAGGACUUUGAGCCUGAAACCGCUUCUUUUUGAGAUCCCGGGGUUUCUGUCUGAGGAUGAGUGCCGUGUGGUGAUGCAGCUUGCCCAGCUGAAGGGUCUAAUGGAGAGCCAGUUAAUGGUACAAGAUGGUCAGGAGGAGCUGGCCAGGGAGCUCAAUCUCAGCCCAGAGGAGAUCUUUAACCUUCUAGAUAUCAACCAGGAUGGACAAUUGCAGCUCCAUGAGAUACUGACUCAUUCUCGAGUGAGAGAUGGCAUCUGGCUCACACCAGAGAAUCUGCAAGAAAUUUAUGCUGGGCUCAAAGCUGACAAGGAUGGCAAUGGUUUGCUGAGUCUAGAAGAGUUUAGGCUUCUGAGCAACGAUGCUUUCCAGCGCUUCCUGUUGCAGCGCGGGGUGAAAAGGAGUCAGCUGGUGAGGAACAGCAGACACACGUGGUUGUACCAGGGCAAAGGAGCACACCAGGUCCUCCAAGACAUCAAAGAGAGGGUGAUUCGCCUCACUCGACUCCCACCCACAUUAGUGGAUCUUAGUGAACCUCUUCAGGUGGUUCGCUAUGAGGAGGGGGGACAUUACCAUGCCCACCACGACAGUGGCCCGGUCUACCCUGAAACAGCCUGUACACACACACGCCUUGCUGCAAAUGCUUCUACUCCUUUUGAAACGUCUUGCAGGUACAUCACAGUUCUCUUCUACCUGAAUUCUGUUGAUGGGGGCGGGGAGACCGCAUUCCCAGUGGCAGACAACAGGACCUAUGAUGAAGUGUCUCUCAUACAGAAUGACGUGGAUCUUUUGGACACCAGAAGGAAUUGUGACAAAAGUAACCUGAGGGUGAAGCCGACCAAAGGGACCGCUGUUUUCUGGUAUAACUACCUGUCUGAUGGAAGAGGUUGGGUGGGGGAACAGGACGAAUACGCUCUGCAUGGAGGUUGUAUGGUCACCCAUGGCACUAAGUGGGUUGCCAAUAAAUGGAUCAACAUUGAUCCAGAUUACCAGAGGCAGGCUCGCUACCAGCAGUUGGUGUCACAACAGCCAGAAGAGGAAGAAGAUGAUGAUGAAGAUCUGACUAUGAACACAGGAAUACAGAGUCCCAGCAUCCAUCAAGACUUGUAGCUCAUCUGCCAAAUAAUACAAAUAAAAAAUCCCAG